AUAGAAAACGAGCCAUCUCGCAAAUUCUCCACCAACCUUGUAACUUCCACAUAAGAAAUUUCCCUCCCCUUUCCUUUCCAUUGUCUGGGUCUUUCUGGGUUUACUUUGUAUUACGCUAAAUCGUAUUCUUCCCUUUCGUGUUCGUAGAAUUCAGCCGUUUUUCUUCCGCAUUCGUUGCAACAAUGUCCGGCUUUGUAAAUAUUGAGUUGCCAAUGGAUAAAUUGUGCUUAGGAUCUUUGGAACCAGAGGAAUCGCCCGAAACACAUACCCAUAGGGAACAAAAGUUUGUAGUAUUACUAUCACCUGGAAGCUUCAACCCUCCCACAUACAUGCACCUGCGGAUUUUUGAGCUGGCAAGAGAUGCACUACAUUCUGAAGGAUUCAUUGUCAUCGGAGGCUAUAUGUCCCCAGUGAAUGAUGCCUACAGGAAAAGGGGUCUCAUAUCUGCUAAACACCGUAUCGAGAUGUGCCAUCUAGCUUGCAAAAGCUCAGAGUUUAUAAUGGUGGAUCCUUGGGAGGCCAAUCAAGAUACGUUCCAGCGAACAUUGACUGUUUUGUGUAGAAUCAAGAGUUCGUUGGUUGAGAGUGGACGGAUAUCAGGAGAUUCACUCAAGGUCAUGCUUGUUUGCGGCUCUGAUCUGCUAGAAUCUUUUAGCAUUCCUGGAUUUUGGAUUCCUGAGCAGGUAAGGAAUAUAUGUAGAGACUUUGGUGUGGUUUGCAUCCGUAGAGAGGGUCAAGACAUUGAGAAACUUAUCUCUAACGAUGAAAUAUUAAAUGAGUACAAGAGUAACAUCAAAGUUGUGGAUGAACUUGUACCGAACCAGAUCAGUUCAACACGAGUAAGGGACUGCAUUUCGCGAGGGUUGUCAAUAAAAUAUUUAACAGCAGAUGAAGUGAUUGAUUAUAUAACAAAGCACCAUUUGUAUGUGAACUCCAUGAUUUAAUGGUGAUUCCAUCGGCAUCAACACUCGGGACCCCUCAACAGGUUUUCGGAUCUCAUCUUCAUUCUGCAUAUAUUGACAGAUCAUCCUGUUUAUAGCCACCCUUUCUAUAAUGAUUCAAAUGUUGAAACAAGUUGAUGCCCUAUAAAACGUGCAUAGAUUGAGAAUACAAACUCAAAUGUGUUGGUCACUCUAAAAUCCCACCGGUGUAAUACAUUUGUCCUUGUUGUGAGAAAUAAUAUCCUUAUUGUGAAAAA